GUGGCUGGUUGAUGAGGUAAGAAAAUAAAGUGUUAUUAGUCUAAAGCUAAAAUAUAAAAAAUAUAUAUUUAAUUGAUUUUUAUGCAGGUGAUUGGUGCAUACAUUCAUCAUCUGAUUGCAAAGCAUCAGGCAAGUGUGAAUUAUGUUUAUUUCUGGGUUAUGUUAGUUGCAUUAUUAUUUUGCAUUAUAAUUUUCCAUCUAUUGAAACAGGAACCUGUUCGACAGUUUGAUGCUGUACUGUCAUCUGUAUUUUAUGGUGCAAUAGAAAAUCUUGGAAAGGAAGGUGACUUGUUAUAAUUACAUUUUUAUAUAUUAAAUAUAUCUAUUUAUAAUUAAAUUACCGAUUUGGCUUUCUACCUUUUCUUUAGAUUAAGUUUCCAGUCGAAGAUCUUUGGUUAGGCCUUGUAAACGUUGGAGCUCACUGGAUUUUAUUGGUAUUUAUUAUUAAAAUAAUUUAACUUCCCUUUCUUUACUUAUGCUGCCAUGCACUAUUGUAGUCUGUGUCUAUUCUAUGUAUAUUCUAUGUAAACAUAUUUAACUACAAUCCUAUGACACCACAAUGCUCAUUUGCUCUAUAAAGUGUUGGCAAAAAGUAGGUCUACAGUAGAAUGAUAUAUAAUAGUGCCAUACUGUAUGUAAUGGUUAACAAAUAUUGCGUAUAGUAUUGCAGUCACAAACACAUCGAUAGAAUGCUUAAAACUCAUAAGUGGAAGUGAUCUCCGGUCUUCUCAUUCCGAUAUCCCAAUAAAAUUGAUGUGGAGCGAGGGGAAAAAAGAUACAUUGAGUAGAUCCUUAUGGUAAAGAGAACAUUUAUUUGAAAACUUACAAUCGCUUAAAAAAUACAGGCAUAUCACCAACUCCAUUGAAGAAUCCACCAGGGAAAAAUCAAGGUACUGGAAUUGAUAUAAAUAUAAAACCAAUAACUCAAUAUACAUUCCUAGGCGUUUCGUCCAAUCAUAUGGACUUCAGGGACAAUGCAAAACAAUCAGUUAUAUAAUCAGUUUACUGACUGUUUACUUAUGAUCACCGAUAUUUAAAUGACAAUUUCUUCUGUUGUGACGUUUAUUGAUCACACUAUAUACAAACCUGGGUGAUUUAGCAAUAUAUUUUUUAAAUUGUCAUCAUGUCCAAGAAAGUCGUUGUGCUAAUGGAUCCAAUGGUAAAUGAAAACUGCAAUGUUUCAAAAGUGCAACACAACUUGCAAUAAGGGUGCCUCAGAAAACCAUUUUAACUUCACAUAAGCUUUUAUAAACAAGUGAUUCCAAUUUUUUUAUUUUUAAAUCUGUUACUUUUGUUAAAGUAUCUUCUUGCGGAUGUACAAGCCGGAUGAACAGCCAGAUCAAUGGAAAACAUGGAUAAUGUACCACAACAACCAGCAGGAUUCCACUAGUUGUGGAGUUUUAAUCUUGAUGGUAAAAAGUUUUCUAACAUAGUAAAAGCCACUCAUAACAAAUGCGAUCUGCAGUUACAAAUGUGAAUUAUUAUUUUACAGUUUGCCAAGGAGUUCCUAUGGACACGAACAAUCAGUGAAGUGAAGAUCUCUCCGGAAUAUAUAAGGGAUGCACGACUGGAAAUAGCUUGUGCCUUACUCCAGUAUAAAGGUCAGCUCUAUCACACAAUGCACGAAAGCUUUGCCUUGGAAAAUUGUGUUCAGACUCAAAAUCCACUAAGAUUAAAUCAUUGUGCCGGAAAUGUUUUUUUAUUCAUUCACUAUGAAAAUACAUAUUUGCUUACAUUUUAACAUGCUGCACCAUAAUAUAACGUAAUUUUUUUUGCAAUUAUUUUUGUAGAUACUGUAGGAGUCCCUUCAGGAUGUAGCCCCAUAUUCAAUAGAUCUAAACACAUGCAAUAAGGUUAGAAUACUGUAUACUUUUGCACUUGCUACUGAGUCUUGUGGCUACAGUUAUUCAAUCUAACAAUUAUUGUUUUUUCUUUCUUUUUUGUUCAGUGUUUGACAACUCUGAGCUGUGGGAUACGAGGAAGAUGAAGGGGUCCAUGUUUGCUACUCAUGAAGAAGGUAGAGUAUUGAACCUAAAGUUGCUAAUUUUCAUGAUUUCAUAGACUUCAUUGUUAAUCUCCUCCUCCUUUUUAAUAUGUAUUCCCUUACUUUUACAAUACUUUUCGUGUACUUGCCUCUCUCUCAUGCUUACAGUUAAUCACUAACUAUAAAUUUUUUUUUUUUCUUGAUUGACAACUGAGCACCAUCUUGAGGGAGACGAAGGGUACCAUUUUUGGUUCCAGUGCCAGAGAGGCCACCAUGAUGAACCUCAACCUGCUGAAACAUAACCCUUCCUCUACACUUGGCUGCUUCAUAACACAUGGCUGCAGAUAGGACGUAACCUUCAUUUUCCUGCGAUUAACAAUGGUGGGCCACAACCAGAGAGAUCAUGACAUUAUACCGAUAUUGCUUUCCUCAUGCCAUACAGCUUUUAUUUUACAGGUGCUUAAACUUUCUCCAUGUUCUGUGGUUACCACAGUCUGUCUUUGCAAGGCAGGUUUUUCUGUUACCCUUUUUCCUUUUUUUUUUUAAUAUAGAUGUAUACUCUAAACUCCACAUUAACGUUUAAGAAAAAGUAUAUUGCAGAAACAUUGACAUGUAGAUUGUGUUUCUUAAAAAAAAAAAUAAAGCACUUGAUGUGUCCCAUUCUGUGACAUCAGUGCAAUUCUAUAGCGUGGGUGAUGAAAUGGCCAUAUGAGAUGGUGGAUUUCAGAGUCAAAAAGAAACAAACCUCAGUUUCUCUUGUUGAACACAGAUUUGAGUUCCUUUUUGUCGCUCUAGAUUUUUUUUGGGUGGAUACUAUAUAAAUUUAUAACAGGGUAAAGACUCUUUGCUUUAAUGGAAAACUAUAGUGCUGUAAAUAUCAAACUGUAUUGCUAACACUAUACUUUACUCUGCACUCUUAUUGUCAGUAACCUGAUUGCUGGUUCAGGCUCUGCCAACAUCAGGUCCUUCCAGCGCAUGCAUUUAG